AUGUUCGACUUUCUGUCAGAUUGUAUAGGGGAGUGCAUUUAAUACGCUACAGUGCUGAGUGAAUAAUUGCUUCCACAGUGUAGUUUUAAUUAAAAAUGUAAGCACGCCUCCCUGCGAGUAUUUGUAGACAAGGGGUGGAGGCAAAGUACAUGCAGGUGAAUAAACAGCUAGUGUUCAAUUCUAUUUGAAAAAUGGCUGGACCACAACAUCCGUUUCCCACGGGCUUUCCCAAUGCCCAACAAAAUACUCUGCGCAACCAGUUUGGUGGUGGACAGAUGGUUUCAGGACUCAUGGGACCCCAGCAAGCAGGCAUGAUGAGCCCACAACAAUUUGGAGCUGGGGUAGGUGCAGGGAUGGUUCCUAAUUCAUUGGGUAUGCUGCCCAAUGCUCAGCAGGUCAUGAAUCAACAGCAGCCUGUGCAUCCACAGUUGCAGCCACAUCAGCAACAAAUGCAUCUGCAGCAGCAAAGUGCUCUGGUGCAGCAGAACAAUCAGUCCAGUGGUGCUGCUGCCACACCUCAAAUACCAGUUCCUCAGCCUCAACCGACUCAGCAGAGGCAAAACGCGAAAGAUUUUAAUACUGCUACCUUGUGUAAAUUGGGACAAGAAACUGUGCAGGAAAUUGUUAACCGCAUGAUGGAAGUUUUUACUCAGCUCAAGACUAUUCAGCCUCCUAAUGGUACACCUCAAGGCCAAAGUACUUCCAAUGAUAAAAAAUUAAAAGUACAAGAUCAAAUAAAAACUAUAAGUCUGCUUUUUAAACGUUUAAGGGUUAUUUAUGAAAAAUGUAAUGAAAACAGUCAACUUCAAGGAAUGGAAUAUACUCAUAUUGAAAGUUUGAUUCCCAUCAAAGAAGAAUGGGACAUGAAAUCUGAUGAGAAAAAGACUUCUGAAGCUUACAGAGUUGCUUGCGAGGAACACAAAGAAGUAAUGGAGCAAGUAAUACUGAAAAACAGGCAUCUCAAAGAAAUCAUUGACCAUCUCAGACGCAUCAUCUCAGAAAUCAAUACUAUGAUGAGCAUGAGGCGCUCAUAAGGUAGACCAAAUGUAAAUAAUAUUUUUUAUGUUAGUUGUAAUACGUUGUACGAUAAAAUUUUUACAU